AUGGCUGGGUGCAUCGAGGGUUUGUAUGAGUAUUUGAAACAAGAGAAGAAUGAGGAUCAAUUCGUCAUCAAUAAUGGAGGGAUAAAACUUAUCAAUCAAUCUUAAUGGCAUUUCGAAAAGCAAUAUUCGAUCUGCUUAACAUUCAAUCCUCAAGGGGAUGGGACGAUCUUCUAAUUUUCAUCAUCUCAUAUCGAUGGCAAGAGAAUCAUAGCCAAUGGAGUUCAUUGUUACUUAAUUGGUGGUGUAGUCUUCUACAAGAAUGUUUACCAGAGGUUCACUCUAGAAAGAGUUCUUGUGGAAGACUACUCUUCCAAUAAUCAGUUGGGUGAAGUCGUAAUGAAUGGAUGGAAUGAAAUAAUUAUUUCUCAUGAAUAAGGAAAACUAUACUCCAGACCCAAGUUUAUAUAUUCAAUUAAUCAGAUUAAAAAUACGAUACAGAUUGAGUAUCCCAAAAUCAGGAAUCAAAAUCUGGAGAUGCUCUAUUUCCAGAACAUAUAAUGCAAAGUCAAAGAAAUCUCAGUUUACAAUGAAGUUGGCGACCAGCAUUUGAAAUCUCCUUUUUAUUAAAUCUACCCCCUAUACGAUCCUCACUAGACGAAGAGAGUCAACGAUAGAAUUCAGAACGUAAUCUAUGAACUUUAGGGAGACACCAAGAUGACAUCUUCAUUAUAAAAAUACGAUUUUGUAGAAUACGGCGGUAUUAAAAUUUUAAUUCCACUUUUUGAUCUAAUUCAAUAUUACGAUCAUUCUUAAAUUGAUGACCUAUUUAAAAUCUUACUCUAUACUUUGUUACAGGAUAGUCAAAUCAACAAGAAUUAAAUUGUCGAAAUGAAACUAUUCCAACAGAUAGCAUAGAUCAUCAAUGUAGACAUCCCCAAUCUAAGUUAAAUUUUGCAGAUCAAACAAAAAGUUGAGGAUCAAGAUAUACUCAAUCAACUAUUGUUGUUAAUUAUUGAUGUCAAUUUCAUCAAAAGAAUCACCGAUUAAUAGUAAUACUGCAUUUUAUUACAGCAAUUCUAUAUCAGUGAUCAUCAGAAAUACUUACAAGUCACUCCCAUCUAAUAUUUGGCUCAGUUAUUGGUGAGUGUCAAUCAGAAGAGUCUAAUCCAAGAUCAAAUUCUAUAAAUUAUGAUUUACUCCUGCUAAUAUAACUUUAAUACAUUGAAGGACUAAUUCAAACUAUUUUUAAAGGUCGCCGAAGCCUCAUCAAUCGAACUCAAAAUCAAAGCCAUCUAAAGUGCAACCAGGUUGGUUUCUGACUUAUUCAGAGAUGAUCAAGAGAAUUUCAUUGUAUUCAGAAAUCAUAACAUUCAAAAUAAGAUCCUAAAUGACAUCUUUCUUCUACUCUAGACUGAUAGCAUGGAUUGUUUGGUGGCGACCAUCACCUUGUUAGGAUAAAUGCUCUAUGGCACCAAGGACCUAUUAAGUCAAGGCAUGAUCUCUUAUAUUUCUAAGGCGAUCUGUGUAAACAAUAACUUUGACAAUCUAUUGAAUGCAUUAACUCAAUUACUAAAGAUUAACUGCUUGUGUGUUGAAAUUCUGUAGCAUCUAUACUCUUAGACUAAAUAACAAAAUAUUCUGGAUUACUAUUUCAAUUACGUCAAGAAAAUUAGCAUUGAAUAAUAAUAACUCAUACUUUAAUAACACUCCAUUUGGUUUUUGGAUUAAUUGAAGAUCGAAUAAAACGAAAGACUUCUUUAGAUUUUUAUGCAUCUUCUAGAUUAGAAUCCUCAAUAUCUGAGUCAAACUUUGAUUCAUUAACAAAUUCGAUAAGAUGUGCAAACACUUUUGGUGAUUGUCACAGAAGUGAUUGAGAAGUUUAAUGAAGAGCAAAUAUUUCAAGUACAGUAGAUAAUGUUCUAAAUAUACUUCUCAGUGCAAUCGUUUAAGAAUUUUGAAGGAUUUUUAACUAAAUUAAUUAAGUAUAUAAUAUAUCUAGAAAAUGAGCAAGAGUUAUCAAAAAUAGUUGAACAAAAAGAACUACCUUUUGGCAUUCAAAAGAUCAUCAACUUGAGUUGCCCAAUUGACAAGUUGAAAGAAUGGUUAUUCUAUUUCACCAAGCUUUUUGAAUAAACACAGUAUCUGAAUACAGAAACAAGUGAACUCUUCAUGAUCCAAAUAGUUGAACUGCUUAAAGCAAUCCAAUCCUAAACUUAGGAUCAGUAAAUAAAGGAGGUUAUCGAAUAUUUCUUCACUCAAAAUGUGCUAAUUCUCUAAUCACUUUCAGAGCAACAAGUGCAAGUCUUUGAUUCAAUUAAAUUUCAGUAAGACUUUUAGGCUUUUCAGGAAUCUUUGUUGCUUAAGUGGACUCAAGAAUAAUAAUAGAUCAAAAUGACACAAUCAGAACAAUUAUCAAAAUUAACAGAUGAAAUUAAUUAUGCUGCUGCAUCGAUGCAAGUGUCAGUGUACAAGUUAAUGAACAAGACUCGAAAGAUUAGAUAGAGAUGGUGCAAACUUUGGCAUAAUCUACGUAUCACCGUGUAUAGACCAAAAGAUUGCAGAUUCCAAGUAGAUGAAUAAAUCGAUCAUGAUUACAAAUUCAAAGAGAAUCCUUAUUACACCAAUAAAAUUGAGAAAUACAUCAAUAAGUAUUAUUCACGUCCCAUUUUAAAAGUGAAGUUUAAGAAGAACCCUGAGUUUGAGAAUGACGCAUAAGUGCAGUUGGAAAAGAAACAACAAUACAAAUGCUUUUGGUUGAAGAGCUUAUACUUAAAGCAAGGGGGCGUUACAAUAGGAGAUGAAAAAAUAACAUUCUCCUAUUACUCCUAUACCUAAAAGGCGAAUCAUAUAACUUUGUUGCCUCACACAAUACCAAAUCACAAGCCAUUUAAGAAAUCGUGGAGGAGGGAUUAAAUUAGGUGGCUGCAUGAAAGGAUUUAUAUCAGAAAUAGAAAUGCCAUUGAAAUCAUCUUCAAGGAUGGAGAGUCCCUGUACUUGAUAUUUUAGGACGAGGGAUUGAAGGAAGAGAUUAUUGAGAAGUUGAAAAUACAACCCAAAUAAUGUGAUUUUAAUAAGGUUAGCAACUUCAAGUAUUUGAUGUAUCUGAAUUUCCUAUCUUGUCGUUCUUACAUCGAUUUCACUAGAUAUCCAGUGUUUCCAUGGGUUUUAAAAGGAAAUGCAUCAGAUUUUGAUGACAAUGAUAUAGCAUCAAUACAGAAUGAGAUCAAUUACAGAGAUCUUUCUUUACCAAUAGGAGCUUGUGGAAGUGAAGUCAGAUUAGAUUAAUUCAUCAAGAGAUUCGAAAAUGAGUAGUUUUAUUACGGAACACAUUAUUCUAGUCAGGCAUUGGUGUCUCAAUAUUUGGUACGAUUGAGUCCAUUUACAGAGGCUGCAAUAUCAAUCUAGGAUGGUAAAUUCGAUAUUCCAGAUCGAAUGUUUAGAUCGAUCAUGAAGUCAUGGAUAGAUUGCAAUAAUGAAAUGGCUGACGUGAGAGAAUUGACUCCUGAAUUCUUUUAUUUGCCUGAAGCCUUUAUAAACAUCAAUGCCCAUAAUUUUGGUAAGUUGCAAAGUAGUUAAGUCGUAAACAAUGUGCAAUUGCCACACUACUCCAAUAAGAAUCCAUUUUAUUAUGUCGCCUAGAAUAUGAUAGCAUUAGAAAGUGAGUAUGCUAUUAAGAUUGAAUGA